CAUUCUAGAAAAGCUAUUUGUAACCCACCCAACUUGGAAAAUAUAGUAUAAAGUAUAACCACUUCCCUCAUUGCCAUAAGCCAUCUACUCCUUUCUCUAUCUCCUCUUUGUUUCUCAUCAUUCAAAUUCAGCAGUCAUGGCAGCCAUCAAAGCCCAUGGAAACCUUAUCUCAACACCUACAAACCGAGUUCUAGUUACCCUUUAUGAGAAAGAGCUUGAAUUUGAGUUUGUUUCUGUAGAUAUGAGUACUGGUGAACAUAAAAAAGAUCAUUUCCUGUCCCUCAAUCCAUUUGGUCAAAUUCCAGCUUUAGAACAUGGAGAUCUGAAGCUCUUUGAAUCAAGGGCAAUUACCAAAUUCGUUGCCUGCGAGUAUGCUAACAAGGGAACCCAACUGAUACACCAAGACUCCAAGAAGAUGGCAAUCACAUUGGUUUGGAUGGAGGUGGAGGCCCAACAGUAUGACCCAGUAGCUUCAAAGCUAGUCGGGGAGCUGGGAAUAAAGCCAUUGCUUGGCAUGGUUACAGACAAAGCAGUUGUGGAGGAAAAUGAAGCUAAGCUGGCUAAGGUUCUUGAUGUCUAUGAGAAACGACUGGCUCAUUCAAAAUACUUGGGAGGUGACUGCUUCACCUUGGCAGAUUUACAUCACCUUCCAACUCUUCAAUACUUGUUGGGCACACAAUCUCAAAAGCUCUUUGAUUCACGCCCCCAUGUCAGUGCAUGGGUAGCUGAUAUCACAGCAAGGCCAGCUUGGUUGAAGGUCCAAGCCAUGCGAAAGAAGCACUAAGGAGUUAGCUGCAGCCUGCUACUCUAUUUUAAUUUUUCUUAAAUAAGCAUGCCCUUUGACCCAUAUGUGUUUUGAGUUCAGUGUUACGAUCUCCUACUUCAAUGUGGGAUACUAUGUUUUUAGGAGCCUUAAGAGUCCACACUAGAUGUGGUAAAUGUGCCAAAUGCCAAAUAUUUGGCACAUUUGCCACACCAAACACAAAAAAACCCUCUUUAUCAGAUGUUCCAAAUGUUAUAAUUUUUGCAACAUGCUACAGUAUCAUCACAUAUUUGCCACUGUACGAACAGAUGUGGCAAAUACUUUUAUUAA